AAAAUAAAGAAGAAGCCAUAGUGACGUGUAUCCGGUGUCAUGUCAGCCUUCUGCUGAAACCUCAUGGCUAGCGACCAAUAUAUCCAUGCUAGCAACUUUUUUCUCCGUUUCAGUUUUAGUGAUGCAGUUUUAAUAAAACAGGACUUCCAGAGAUCUUGGUCCAGACUUUAUCUCUUCGACCAGUGGAUGUGAACUUUGGAGGUGCGCAUACAGAUGGCAGACGCUGUACCAGAGAAAAGUCGUGCCUUGAAGUUUGCAGAGCAGCAACUCCUGCGUCAUGGCUGGGAACACGGUAAAGGACUGGGGCGAAGUGAGAACGGAAUAUCAGAAGCUAUCAAGGUCAAAGUGAAAUGUGGCAAAGGAGGGGUUGGUCAUAAGGAAGGGGAGCAGUUCACCUUUCACUGGUGGGAUCAUGUUUUCAAUAAGGCAUCUUCAGGUCUGCACGUGGAAUCCGAUCAGAACGGUAUUCAGUUGAAGAAGACGAUGGAGCAAGAUGAAGAGGAUGGAAUGAUCUCCAAUAAAAAGCCACGGAAAGCCACUCUGGCUAAAGCCAAACUUUAUGGAUGCUUUGUCAAGUCAGCCACACUGCUGUCUGGUCAGGAGCAGCCAGAGCCAAAGUCCUCAAGCUCAGACGACAGCAGUAGCUCAGAGGAGGAGGACCAGAAAUUGGAUCUCUCCAGCACCACAAAGCUUUCUGAUGCUGAUCUAAUGAAGGCUUGUGGAGGACGCACAGCGCACAAAGGAGCCAGGCACGGGUUGACCAUGAGCGCCAAGUUAGCCAGGCUAGAGCAGCAGGAGGCUGAGUUCAUGGCUAAGUAUGGCAAAAAAAGCCAACCAGCAAGUGCUCCAACAGUUGGUGUUACACCGGCUUCGACGCCCUCCCAGUCAACUGACCACAGAGCUGAGAGGCAGGAGGAGACGGUCGAGGACUCUGAGAGGAAAAAGAAGAGAUCUACUAAGAGCGUUCAAGAGCUAAAUGGUGAGAAAGGUUUUGAAAGCCCUGGAUCAGAUGUUAAACCCAAAAAGAAGAAGAAGGAAAAGAAAGCCAGUGAGGACACUGAGGAAAUAACUAAUGCCGUUUCCACUGAGGGGGUUUUGAUCUGUGUAGAAAACAGUGAGGCAGACCAUUCUCAUAAAACAAAGAGGAAACAUAAGAAGAAGAAAAACAACGCAGAGCAGAACAAAGAAGAACGAACACCUUCGCCUGCAGCAGAAGAGAGCACGAGUCCGGAGGAGACUGCUGAGCUGCACACUGACACAAAAGUGAAGAAAAAGAAGAAGAAAUCCUCCAAACACAACGGUGAACCUGCUGAGGAAGAGGAGAGUCAUGAAACCAGCCAAUCGGAGCUGGUCCAGGACUGCGUUCCAAAAACCAAAAAGAAAAAAGCUGCAGUUACAUUGGAGGAAGCAGACGUUCCAGAGGAGGAAGCAACUGUAAAGCAGAAAAGGAAAAAGUGUAAAAAGGACAAAUCAUCUGUAGAAGAUGAUACAAACGAGGAGGCACUUCCUCCAAAGAAGAAGAAAAAGAAGAAGUCCAAAGAGUAGUUUUUUUUUAAAUGCUUUGCACAUUGAUAACCAUAUUAGUUUUGGCUGACUGGGGAAAGUAUCAUUCUCUUAAAUCAGCUCUGGUGAGUUAUGUGCCAAACAUGGACUUGGAGGUUGUGCUCUCUGAUUUGACAGCUCUGUAAAUUAAUUGAUAGGAGAAUAUAUUUAAUUAGUAAUUCAGACCAGUAACAAGGUUAUUCCUUGCCUCCAGCAGUUGUGUCUCUUCUACCUGUUAAAUCCUCUACCUGUUUAAUCCUUCCUAUCUGAGCUGUUAAAUUCAAGAUAACCUGCUGCAGAAGUGACUGAGGAAAUCAGGUCAGGUUAGUUAUUUGCUGGUGAUGCAGACUUUUUAAGAUUGUCAAUAAUAUACAACAACGUCAAAUGUG